CACCGCCGGGAGAAGAGAGGAUACAGUGGUGAUGUCUCCUUGGUCGUGUUACCGAAGCAUGGAGCUUCUUUGCAUUAUCCUCCUCUCCCUCUCCAUUCCUUUCGCCAUUGGCGACCUCCAAGUCGGGUUUUACAACUCUUCCUGCCCGCAAGCAGAGUCCGAGGUGCUUUCCGUCGUCUCUAAGCACUUCGCCACCGAUCACUCCGUCACCGCCGCCUUCCUUCGCAUGUACUUUCAUGACUGCUUCGUUAGGGGUUGCGACGCAUCGAUCCUCAUAGCUCCAACCAAGAAGAAGAAGACGGAGAGGUCGGCGGGGCCAAACCUCACUGUUCGCGGGUUCGAGAUCAUCGACGAGGUGAAAGCAAACCUGGAGGCUCAAUGCCCGUCCACUGUCUCCUGCGCUGACAUUAUAGCGCUUGCAACCAGAGACGCCGUAGCACUAGCCGGCGGUCCCAACUACGACAUUCCCACUGGGAGACGAGAUGGCCUCGUCUCCAACCCCAAAGACGUCCGCUUGCCAGGGCCAUCCUUGACGGUCUCUGGGGCUUUUCAGUUCUUCUCGGCGAAGGGAUUCACCCUGGAAGAAAUGGUCAUCCUCCUGGGCAGCCACACCGUCGGCGUGGCCCACUGCGUCUUCUUCCGCGACCGGCUCGGAAAUUUCCAGGGCACCGGCGCGCCCGACCCUUCCAUGGACCCGAGCUUGAAAGCCAAGCUUACUCGAAUCUGCGGGCCAAGACCGAAGCCAUUGAAGAAGGAUCCUACUGCGUUCUUGGACCAGAACACGUCUUUCGUAGUCGACAACCAGUACUACAACCAGUUACUGGUGAACAAAGGGGUGAUGCAGAUCGACCAGGAGCUGGCUUCGGAUAGUUCGACGGCGAGCGUUGUCUCUGGCCUGGCGUCAGAUGAAGCGGGCUUUCUACAGAAGUUUGCAGAUGCUUUGGUGAAGCUGGGGAAUGUGGAGGUCCUUAUGGGGACUGGUGGGAACAUCAGGAAGAAAUGCACUGCUUUCACUUAGAAUCCAGUAUCCACUACUCUUUCCUUUGUAAUCUUGUCAGUGGAAGAUAAACACAUGAUCUUCUUCUUGUGCUCCUCUCUCUCUCUCUCUCUCUCGUGGCAUUCUUGACCAUCAAAGCCAUGGCCACUGGGGUUUAAUUGGUCAAAAACUUACGGCAGAGUCCAGACUGUUAUCUGAUGGAAGUUUACGGAGGGGAUAUAUUUUAUGGUU